AUGCACUGGGAGUGGAAGAACCGUCCUAACGCUUGGAAAGGUCAAUACCAGGGACGUAGCGGGAAUUCUAGCCUCAUUCUUGAAGCUGUUGCGGAUAAAGAUCUAUGGAUUUGGCAUUCAUUUUUUGGUAUUCCUUGUUCAUGCAAUGACCUUAAUGUUCUUUACCGUUCUCUUUUGUUUGGUGAUGUUUUGCAAGGUAAGGCACCUCCUAUAAAUUUUCAGGUGAAUGGGAAUGAAUACAACAUGGGGUAUUACCUAAUAGAUGGUAUUUAUCCAAAUUGGGAUUCAUUUAUCCAAAGAUUUACUCAUCCUCAACUUCAGAAGCAUAAGCUAUUUACUGACAGACAAGCACAUGUUCCGAAGGAUUUUGAAUGUGCGUUUGUAGUUUUACAAGUGAGAUUUGCCAUUAUACAACAACCUUCUCUUGCUUACGAUGAAGAUAUAUUAGCCGACAUAAUGAAGACUUGUCUCAUCAUGCACAACAUGAUAGUUGAGGAUGAACAAGACAUGUAUAUCCGAGCUGAUGUGUUAAGAAGGUACUAUGAACAAGACCUUUCGAGCUCCAGCGCAACGAUGAAUAAUGGUGAACCUUUCGAGUUCCAAGAUGGUCAUCCCGUCAACAUUAACGCGUACUUAAGGAGAAGAAUAGAUAUGUGUAACAGUCAAACUCACCAGUCUCUGAAAGAUGAUUUAAUCGAGCAUAAUGGCAAAAAUAUGGAUCCAACAAUCAUUAAGCUCUUGUGCCGAUCGAAGAAUAUUUGUCAUUGUGAUGCUUGUGUUUAUUUCAACAUUGAAUUUGAUUUUAUGAUGUAUUUAACAUACUUUAGUUUGGCUUUAUGA